AGGAGGGUUUUCCGGUCAAAGUUUCCUUUGUGAGUCGAAGUGGUGCACCACUAAAGCCAAAGCCGUYUAACCUCGUUAACAACAUUAAUAACUAAAAUGAUAAGUAGCUAACGAGAACACGUAUUCAUUUAAAUAAUAAAGUCACGACACAGAGAAAGAUACCUUGCAAUUUGGUUGAAAGCUACAGGCUCCACCGCGUGACUAGACUGACAGGUAGCUGCUAGCAUCAGAUGCUAAGCUAACUAUUUAUUGUAGCUAACUGUCUGGAGCGGGGGAGGUGGACUUGUCUAGCUAUCUUUACUGUCGAUAUAUUCGCAUAAAACCAUUUUCUGUUUGCUGCUGUGGAAGUAUUGGAUUUCGUUAUUCAAUAGUUCUGCGUUGGACCAUUCAGCACUCAUCCCAACUGUGUGCUGAAAUGGAAAAACCCUCCCAUUUGUUUUCAAGUAUUUAGAGGAACAGGUCUCUCUGUCACCCUAGCAACGCUGGAGCCACAGGAUGGGACGGAGCCAAAUACCGGCAUCAUGGUUGUUGCUGUAGCACCCGGCUCCGCACCUAGCCCGCGGAGCGAAGCAGUGACUAAUGAGCUACAGGAGAUGACUCUGCAGCCCGCCUCCAACAACAUGCCUGUGCGGGACAGGAAGAAUGCUCUCCCAGCCAUGUACCAGUGGACAGCUUACAUCUCCACAGGAGAGGGUUUAGAGAGAUGGAGAUUAGCUGGUCAGAUGAGGAUGAAGGAGAUGGAGGUCCUCCAGCUCAAACUACAGCAGAGACGCACCCGGGAGGAGCUGGUCAGCCAAGGGAUCAUGCCACCACUGAAGAGUCCGGCGGCCUUCCACGAGCAGCGGAGGAAUCUGGAGAGAGCCAGGACUGAGGACUAUCUGAAGAGGAAGAUCAGGAGUCGUCCUGAGCGCUCAGAGCUGGUCAGGAUGCACAUACUGGAGGAGACGUCAGCGGAGCCGUCUCUGCAGGCCAAGCAGCUGCAGCUGAAGAGGGCCAGGCUGGCUGAUGACCUUAAUGAUAAGAUCUCCCACAGACCUGGUCCUAUAGAGCUCAUCCACAAGAACAUCCUGCCUGUAGACCUGGACUGUCCUCUGCAGCACUCACUACUGGAUUCUCCAAAGGGUGCAGGAGAAUCCUCAUUGGACGAGGACAGCAGUGAUGCAUUUUCUCCGGAUACGCUAGCCAAUCACGACUCUCCACUGGGUCCACUCUCCCAGKUGUCCCCCUCUGACAUGCUCACUCAGAACAGGGACAUGUCCCCCUCACAGGUAUUCCUUACCCAGGUCCCACCACCACCUCCGCUGUUGGUGAAUGGCCAAGACCCAUUGCCACCACAGAAGCUGACCAAUGGUUCAGCGAUGUCGGGAGCUUCCUGCCCUGCUACUGGUCAGACCAAGUCGAAGCCCAGUUCGGAGCGGCCCCCCCAGAGGCCUAAGAAGGCCAAAGACAACAAGCCCAAGGUGAAGAAGCUCAAGUACCACCAGUACAUCCCUCCGGACCAGAAGGCUGACCGGGAGCCUCCCCCUCAGCUGGACUCCACCUACACCAAGAUCCUCCACCAGCAGCAGCUCUUCCUCCAGCUGCAGAUCCUCCACCAGCAGCAGCAGCACUACAACUACCACACCAUCCUCCCAGCACCACCCAAACCACACUGCAGAGCAACCACCUUCAACCAACCCCGCCCCCUCCCUUUUGCGCAGUGUUCCCCCGACGACCUCUGCCUCUUCCAAUCAGAAUGGGUCCAGUGUCAGAGCCAAACCCCUGUGGGAGGAACCAAACCUUUGACGCUACCAGCCAACCUGGAUGACUUCAAAGUUGCUGAGCUGAAACAGGAGCUGAAACUACGGUGUCUGACCGUGUCUGGCACCAAGAUGGACCUGAUCGAGAGGCUGAGGAACUACCAGGAGCAGAACGGUGGAGGUCGAGCUGGUGUUACUGCUACUGUAAGCCCUAAACCCAGCCAACCAACCCCACCGCAAGCCUCAACCGAACCUGCUGGCUCCAUCAGCCCUGCCCCCUCCCAGGCCGGAACUAAUCCCCACACCCACCAUUCAGGAGAGGCAGCAAGGAAGAUACCCGCUUUCUCAUUGGCUCAGAGUGCCGCUCCGGCCUGUAUUAUGAGGUUUGGCAGUACGAGCUCCUCCCCUCCACUCUCCCCCACCCCGUCAGAACGGUCUCUGGCGGUGAUGAGCCCCGACGAGACCAGCUGUAAUGGAGACGUGUUCGGGGAGAUGGUGAGCUCUCCCCUGACCCAACUCAGCCUGCACCCCUCUCCACAGCACCCCUCCCCAGCCUCCAUCAAAGAGGAGAACCAGGGUCACUUAUCCACCUGCAGCCUCUCCCAGUCCCGGCCUUCUCCCACCAAGCUUCAGCCUGCCGCCCCACCUCAGGAGCCCCUAGCCGGGGCAACCAUGGAGGCCUCCCCCUUGGACAAGGACCAGAUGCUUCAGGAGAAGGACAAGCAGAUUGAGGAGCUGACACGCAUGCUGAGGCAGAAACAGAGGCUGGUGGAGAACCUGCGCUCCCAGUUGGAGCAGGGGCUACAGACUGGAGCAGUGAGAGAGAUGGAGGGAGAAGAGAUGGAGGGAGUACAGGGAGUGGUGGUGAACGGCUAUGCCCAGGAGGCCCAAACCACCCCCAUCAAAGCCUCUACCAUCCUCCAUCUCUCUCUCACCAACACAGACAUGGUGAGGGUCAAGAAUGAGGUAGAGACAGAAGAAGGGAUGGAGGGAGUGGACGAGGCUCAGCCGACACAGUGCUCUCAGCAGACCCUGCUCAAACUGCAGCAGAUCCCCCGGAUACAGGUUGAACAACAGACACAACAAAUACUACAGACACAACAACUGAAACAACAGCAGACACAACAACAGCAGACACAACAACAGCAGACACAACAACUACAACAACAACAGACACAACAGCAUUCCAAACAGCUCCAGCAACAACAGACACAGCAGAUGCAGCAGCAGAAGACUUCGGCCCAGUUGUUAUUCCAGCAACAGCAGCAGCUGAUCAUCCAGCAGACUCAGCAGAAACAGCUCCAGCUGCAGGCCAAACAGCUGCAGGCCAAACAGCUGCAGGCCAAACAGCUGCAGGCCAAACAGCUGCAGGACCAACAGCUGCAGGACCAACAGCUGCAGGACCAACAGCUGCAGGACCAACAGCUGCAAGUACUGCAGAGGAAGCAGCAGAGACAGUCCCAGAGACAGCAGCAGAACAAACAACCGAGUCAGACAGUCACCCCACAACAGGUCACUCCAGUCUUCAUCAGCCAACAGAAUGGCACCCAGGUCCCCGCCCAGACCUUCUCAUUGGACCUCCUCAAGUCGGGCAKCACGCCCACCCUGGUCACCGACGGCAAUGGCAACCACUACCUGAUAGCACUGACCAAUAACAGUGCAGAGGGCCAAAACGGCGUGACCUCAUUGGGCAAAACCAGUGGAUCGCAACGCAUCACACUGCAGCGAUUGCAGUCAACUCCAAGCAAGCUCCCCAGACAAUUGCCAGCUGAGAUACUGAGCCCCGAUACCCAAUCAAAACAACAGUUACAACCAGGCCCUGUCACCCAGUUUAUCAAAAAGAAGGUGGGUCUACAUCUGGAAACAAAUGGCAUAACCAAUGGGGUGCCAGAGCCCACUCAGUCUGUCUCCGCCCCYCCCAAUCUCGAUCCUUUCUUUGGCGAGGUGUCCAACUUGUCUGAAAGCCAAAGCACCUCUUCCCUUUCCCUCAAGAGAGAAGUGUGUCCGACUUUUGACCGGCACACUUUGUUCACCCCUCCCUCUCCUGAACAGACCUCUUUCUCCUUCACUCAACGCCCCAAAGAGAACGGGCUGAGCAGUCAACAGAUGGACGAUCUGUUUGACAUCCUCUUGAAGAGUGGCGAAAUCUCUGGAUUCCGAGCCAACCCAGACUCUUCCCUGGCCCAAAACCACUCCGACCCCCCCACCCCUCCCUCGUCCCCUCUUCACCUGUCGCCACCCACACCCCCUCCGGAGCCCUCCCUACCCGCCCUGCCCUCCCAGCAGCCAUUGCCCUGCCCAGGAAGUAGUCGUCUGGAGGAUUUCCUGGAGAGCACCACCGGCACGCCCCUCCUGGGAGUGGAGCCUGACGGUGGCCUGACUUUGAUUGACGACCUCCACAGCCAAAUGCUGAGCACCCCCAGCAUCCUGGACCAUCCCCCCUCCCCGGUGGACAUGGACACUAGCGACCUGGGCUUCUCCACCCACCCGGCAGGGCUUGACUUCGGGGACCCAGCCCUGGACAGCAUGGACUGGCUGGACAUCUCUAUGGGUGGUGGAGGUGGGAGGACGAGUCUCGCCCCUCUCGGCCCCCACACGCCCCCCAGUGUGUUCUCAGCGGACUUCCUGGACAGCUCGGACCUCACUCUGCACUGGGACUCCUGUUUGUAGCUCUUACGGAGUGAGGAGUACGCAUACUGUGUACAGGCUCUCUCUGUCUUAUUCGCUAAGCAGGUCCACCACUCUCGACGUACACUGAGACGGGGAGUCUUGUCCUGCGUUCACUCUGCCCUCUCGUCAUGUUUGGACAGGCUAGAGAGCAAAACUGACUUUAGAUCAGAGGCAGUGUGUGAAGGGAAUAGUGUGGAGUUUGGUCACGCUCUGACACAUCCUUCUGGUGACAAAGGGUAACACAUGUGACGCUGCAUGAGUUUUACGAUUUUAAAUGGUCACACCCAUAUUGGUCAUGCCACACCCACCAAACACACCUCAAAGACUUUUGAUGAACGGUACACACCGUUUUGGGGAAGCGUGUCAUUCAGUACAAAGUGUCACGCAACGUUAAAUUGAACGCACCCAAGUUGAUGAAAUGAACCUCAUUGGAGGAGGCAGUUACUGGAGGUGUUUGCUAGACGACUAUGCAUUUCUGUAUAUGAGGUGUGUAUUAUCGAUUAUUCAUAUUUUUCUUCCCGGUUGCUUAGAAUAACAGGUAGGGUAUAAAGGGGUCUCAGCUUCCCAAAAACAUUUUUAUGGAAGAAAAAAAUAUAUAUAUAUAAAUAAAUAAAAUGAAAACUU